AUUCGAGUGGUGUGCGAAUGGUCCGUCCAUUCUUCAAUUGAUAUUUCUCUAACGAACUUCAUACAAUGAUACCGCCCGGCGAAACGGUUGCACUGUUGAUUGACACUUGCACAAAUUUUGCGAUUAAAAUAUCAGUUGUAAAGUGCUAACAAAACUAGAUAAAAUCUUGCAUGAAUAAAUAAUUUGUUCUGAGCUGGAACAAUUCGCACCUUAAAAGUGCUUGAAAGUAAAACUCUUUUCUCUUCAAUGCUUCAUAUUUGAAUGUAUAUGGUCAGAGCUCAGCAUUUGUUAACAGUACCAGAAUUACCAGAUUGUACCGUAAUACCAGAAAAGCUCUGGAUUGUGAUAUUUUUAUAAUUGUAAUUUAAACUCUUAUUAAAAAAAUAUAAUCAUCUUCUUCAAAAAUGGCAAUCGAUACGGAACCAAAAGCUGCAAAGAGAUCGCCGGUUUAUUACCUCAUCAUUGAUUACAGAAAUGACAAACUGUACUCUCAGUAUUACAAAGGAAUCGAUGCUCCCAACUAUAGCAUCCGAAAAUCCUCAUCUGGAUCAAAACGGGUUGUGGUCAUUCGGGCGAAACUCCUGCCCAAGCGCUGCCGUCCUCGCGUGAAGGAUUCGGAGAACGGCGGAGUCGCAUGGAGGCGCAAGAGCAGUUCCAAGCAUCCGCGCAGACGAUCCUCCACCCCGCCCACGCCCAGACCCACCCUUCUGCUGCCCCCCAUGCGGUGCACGGGAACUGCACUCUGCUCAGACACCGCCACCACCGCCCCUGUCGUCACCACGAGGGUGCAACACAGGGAGCCUGCCGAAGCCACCUACCUCACUCUGGAAAACAGUUCUCACACUCAACAACUUCCUCAACCUUCUGCCCCAAGUCCUGGUCAUCUGUUCUACAACAGCGAAGAUCACAGCGACAUCACUUUCAUCGUAGGCCAAGAGGAAUGGAGAUUCCCUGCCCAUUCCUUCAUUCUUAGCAAAACCCGACCAACACUGUCCGCUCUCUUGAAGGCAGCUCAUGGGGAUCAAGCUGAGGAGCUCAUGGCCCGUCUCAGCAGCGUGGAUGUCCAGUCAGAACCAGUUACGCCAGUCGUUCUCAAACUCCCCAAUCUCCAACCUGAAGUCUUCGAGCAAAUGCUCAGAUACAUCUACACAGGGCAUGUCACUUUACUCACUGUAGACUCAACUCUGCGUCUUCUGCAUCCCAGCAGAGUGUACCAUCUUCCUUUACUCACCACUCAUUGCCUAAGCCACAUUUCAAAAAACGUCAACACUUCAAAUGUCCUCAUCGUCCUCAGCCAUCUACUCUGCCCAGAAGUUCAUCAUCCUUGCAACGACUCCGCGCCUCUUGAAGAGUGCCACGACAACGAUAAUGAAAGGAACGAACUCGUUUUCAAGUGCUUCCUAAUUAUCGACCACCAUGCCGAUGACGUCCUACAGAGCGAACUUUUCGAAACUCUGGAACUCGAACUGAUGGUAGAGAUUGUGAAAAGAGACACUUUACAAGUUAGUUCCGAAGCGGUUGUGUUCGAUUCUGUGAUGCGAUGGGCUUGCAGAGCCUGCAAGAAACAGAGGAAGGAACUGACGUCCGAAAAUAAGUGUUCUGUUCUGGGAAAGGCCCUCUACCUAGUCAGGUACCUCACGAUGACACCAGAGGAGUUCCUUCGAGGUCCAGUCAGCCAUGGUAUCUUAUGCAAAGAAGACAAAGACCUGUUUUUGUCCAAGCUUAACAAUCCUACUUCAACAAGCGUCGGAUCUCUUCCAGAUCGAUGGAAUGGAUGGAAGAUUGCAGAGAAACGUCAGCCACAUCAGAAUCUUUUAUCGUUGUCGUCCCCAGAAGUAGCAUCGUCCAACAAUGUGGACUUGACUGUAAUGCCGUCUAAUUCUGUUCAACCAGUGAAUACGAAUGUGAAAAGAACGGAACGGAAGAAAAAAUCAAUGUCCAAAAAGCUGCUUAAUGGAGUGGGUGAUCUGGUCAUAUGUGUCAUUCAGUUGCUUGAUUAAAAUAAAAUUUUUGAUGCUUUAUAGCUUAAUUAGUAUGAGACUGUAUCGACAUUUUUUAUACAUUUUUCAAAUGUCUUAACAGUAUUUUUAUACUAUUUGUCAAGUAAAUAAUAUACUGUGAUUUUUAAAUUAAAAUGUAAUGGAAAAAUUAGAUCAUUAUUACAAUUAAUUUUUCGGUGCUAAAAAAUAUAAAAUGUGCUAAAUGUUUCAAUUUUGUUAUACAAGAUAUGAAAUAAUUUCUUAAGAAAAAAUAAUAAAACAACUUUUGAAUGUUAAUUACGUACAGUAAUUCUUGAAAAUGUGCAUUCGAGUCAUCUGAAUUUAAUGUUUUCUACAAUCGUUAUAAUCUUCUGUUACUAUUUUCCUUUUAUAGUAUUGUAAAUAUGAUUUGAGUGUAAACGAUUGUCAUCUUUUUUUUUUAAGCCAUAUAUAUUCAAAGUUAUUUGUUUUGAAACUUUUUGUUGUUUUAUUAAAGAAAGCAAUUUACUAUAAUCUGCAUUUUGUUAAAAUUGUUACAACUUUAUUAAGAGUAUUAACUGUUACCUAGAAUUCAAAACCACAUUGUUAAAUAACUCACUAAAUAUUUUUUUGAAUUUUAUUUCAUUUUUAUAUAUAAUUUGUUACUUUCCAUAUGUUAAAAAAGGAAUUUAAAAAUUAUGUUUGAUCUUUGCAUGCGUUGAAAAUAAGUAAUAAAGACAAAAAUGAAGCUAAAAUAGUAGAAAAUUCAUUGUAUAGAUUUCAAUUUAAAAUAUUACUAACAUAAUAGUAACAUAUUUGUAAUCUUUCAUUUUAAAGUCUAGUCCAAGUUUAAAUGUAUUAAUGAGAAAUCCAUUAAAAACAUGCUUUGAAGGGAAUAUGGGGCAAAUGGAUUUCCAGCUUGUUUUAUGAAAAGCUUUCUUCAACUAUCACUUUUAAUAUAGAUUUUUUUUGUAUCAAAGUGCUAGAAAUGUAGUUUUUGUAUGUGUAUAUAAAUAAUAAAUGUGAUGAAAGAAAUAAACAUUUUUUUCAAAA